CACAUCAGCACUUGGAUUUUAUAUAAGGCCGCAUUUAGUUCAUGCUUUCAAGAGUAUCCAGAAAAGAAAAGCAAGUAGAGAAGAACUAAGAAAAUCAGCUCGUGUCAAAUUCUGAGCGGGAUUUCAAGGGAUAUGAAGCUACACUAUCACUUGGAAUCCAGUUAUGGACCGAAGCUUCCAAUAAACUGAGCUCCUUCCUGUACACUAACACUCGUUACUCUUUUCAAGCCUGUGUUUCCUACCUGAAGUUGUUAGUUUCAUCUUUGCCACCCAGAGAGAGGCAGUCAGAGUCAGAGAUGGGGCUAGAAAUUAUGGAGCCAAAUACUUGCAUUAGAGGUUGCUGCCACAGCAAUUCCAUUCCUCUACAUCUUCCAUCUUCCUCUUACACUAUCCUCAAACCUAUUGCUCGAGGGGCAGAGAGUGUUGUAUAUGAAGCAGUUUUGGAUGGAAAGAAAGUUGCUGUAAAGAAACCCAUCUUGUCUACUUCUGAAGACAUUGAUAAGUUCCACAAGGAGUUACAAUUGUUAUGUAAAUUGCAUCAUCCCGGAUUGGCAAAACUGGUAGCUGCACAUGCAAAGCCACCCAACUACAUGUAUUUCUUUGAAUAUUUUGAACCUCCCAAUUUAUCCGAGAAAUUACACGCGGAAGAAUGGAGUCCGAGUAUCAAUCAGGUGCUCAUGAUUGCUUUCCAUUUAGCAUCGGCUUUGCAAUAUCUGCAUAACCUUGGGAUUGUCCAUAGGGAUGUGAAACCGGCAAAUAUUCUUCUUGACAAAGAUCUUUGUCCACACUUAGCAGACUUUGGUUUGGCAGAAUACAAGGAAGAUCUUAAAGGAGUUUCUGUUGAAAACUGGAAGUCAUUGGGCAAGCCUACUGGUGGUUUUCACAAAAGAAAUAUGGUUGGCACCCUAUUGUAUAUGGCACCUGAGUUACUAAAGAAGGAAGUACAUACAGAAAAAUCAGAUGUUUACAGUUUUGGUAUAGCAAUCAAUGAGCUUCUUACUGGUGUUGUUCCAUAUACUGAUCUUCGUGCAGAAGCGCAGGCACACACUGUGCUAGAGAUGAACUACACCGAGCAGAAACUUACAGCAGCUGUGGUGUCUGAUGGUUUGCGACCGGUUCUUGCUGGUCCUGAGUCUGGUGUACCAUCAACUUUAAUAUCACUGAUAGAGAGGUGUUGGGAUGCAACUUCUCAAAACAGACCUUCGUUUGAUGCCAUAGUUGCAGAACUUGGUACAAUUUUGGAACAUAGAAAGAGAAUAAAGGAACCUGCUAUUGCCGAUGGCGAAGCUCAUAAUUCUGUUGGUGAUCAGCACGCAGAUGCUGCAAACAACUAUCAUGUUUAUCAAGAAGGUGUUGAUUGGUAUAGCCGGGCAGAAAAAUUCACCAAAAGAGCUCAUGAAACUAAAUCUGUUACGACCGUCUGGCUCGAUGCUUCAAAUGAUCCUUUGGCAUACCGUCCAGUUCUUUCAUGGGGAUCCUUUGCUACAUGUGGGAGAAGGGAGACCAUGGAGGAUACACAUUUCCUGUUGCCCCAUAUGGAUAAUGAAGAGGAUAUCCAUUUUUUUGGAAUUUUUGAUGGUCAUAGAGGUGCAGCCGCUGCCGAAUUUUCUGCUCGAGCUUUGCCAAGAUUCUUGCAAGCUGUAAGUUCUAUUAGCAGUCCAACUGAUGCUUUAGUGGAAGCAUUCAUCAAGACAGAUGUUGCAUUUAGAGAUGAACUUGAUUUUUGUCGUAAAUCCAAGAGAGUCAUCCAGAAGGAUUGGCAUCCUGGUUGCACUGCAGCUGCUGCUCUUAUUGUUAAAAACAAGCUUUUUGUAGCCAAUGCUGGUGAUUGCAGGACGAUAUUGUGUCGGGCUGGCAUCCCUGUUCUCCUAAGCAAGGAUCACAUUGCAAGCUGUCUUGAGGAGAGAAAGCGGGUUAUUAAUGCAGGAGGACAAGUAAAAUGGCAAGUUGAUGAUUGGCGGGUUGGCCUAGCUGCUCUUCAGGUCACUCGUUCCAUAGGUGAUGAUGAUCUAAAGCCUGCUGUAACUGCAGAACCUGAGAUAAGUGAGACUAUUCUAUCUGCAGAAGAUGAGUAUUUGGUUAUGGCAAGUGAUGGACUGUGGGAUGUCAUGAGCAAUGCAGAGGUUAUAAGCAUAAUCAAGGACACUGUGAAAGAGCCUGGAAUGUGCUCUAAGCGAUUGGCAACAGAAGCUGCUGAGCGUGGCAGCAAAGACAACAUAACAGUCAUUGUUGUCUUCCUUCGUCUUGUAUCCACCGCUGAGAGAAUUUACUAGAUUGGUUGCUUGUUUUUGUACUCAGAAGUGCAGGUUGUGCGGACAUUGAUUCAAAUGUAACAAGAAAAUUCCUAGCCAAUAAAAAGAAGAAGGUUAUGUAUCGGUAACACCUCAUCUGGAAGUUGUAUGAUACCGAUAAUAUUUAUAGAAUGAACAUUCAAUUCAUUGGAUAAUAUACAUAAAAUUUGCAUUCAAAUUAUUGGAUUCUUCUGUCAGAUUCUGGGUUGACAAUUGGUCUGGAUGUGGUACUUUGAGCAGUUUAGCUACUGACCCUAGUUGUAUUGAAAGAGAUGGUCUUGUGCAGGAGUUUUGGAAUGAUACUGGUUGGGAUUUGGUUAUGCUUCAGGCUUGUGUACCUGUAUUUCCGAGGUCUUACAAUGGGGAUGCUGAUAAAGUUAUAUGGACUCAAACUUGAUAUGGUUUUUCACGGUGAAAUUCUGCCUAUCAACAGCCCUCUGCUUUUUUCUGAUAUCUUUCACCUUUUACGCUUAAUGGUGGCACUGGAUCCUUUAAUGGUCUGGUUGGUGCUGGCAUGUCAUCAGAGACGAUUCUGGAGGUCGGAUUAAUGCAGAACAUUGGCGCAGGGGAGGUGCUACAAAUUGAGGCUUGUGGUUAAGUUUGCUUAUGAUUUCCCAUUUUAAAGCUUCAGGUGGAAACUGAUUCUGCGGUCUUGCUUAACCUGGUUCAGAGUGAGGAUGUGGACUUUCAUCUUCUUGCUUAUGAUCUUCGAUAUAUGGCAAAGGGUGUCUGCUACUUUUCACGCCCCUAAAUGCAGUCAUCGAUACUAUUCGUGAUCCUGAAUUAUGUUGAGUCUGCAAGGAUAAUGUGUUUUGCAUUAGCAGCCUUUGGGUUUCAUAAAUAUGAGAUCUCUCUGACUCAAAUAAAGUCGAACAGAAAACAAGAAUGCAAUGAACGAAUCUCUUCUCUUUCCACGUCAAUCUCUGAGUUCAAAUAUCUGUCCAGGAUACUUGCUUCAAUUUUUGUUAUGCAGAAAUGGUCGAGUUCCGAGUCUUCAACAAUUUCUUUAUAAUUUGUUUUUCCUUUAG